AUACAAUCUAUUAGCAAUGUCAUCCAACUUUAACAUUUUAAGAUGGUCCUUCUUGGGUGCCGGUCUUUUCUACGGUGCUUACCACAGACGUAAUUUACAAUGUGAAGCUGAACAACAAGCUGAAGCUAAGAAAUUGAAAGAAGAACAAAAGUUGAUUAAGCAAGCUAAGGCUGAAUAUGCCAAGUUAAACCCACCAAAGGCUGCUCCAGUCACUUCUGGUGCCAUUAACUGGGAAGAUCCAAACUUGGACAUUGGUAAGGCUUUAGAAUCAUUGGUCCAAAAGUUAGAUUAAAUUCGUUGUUGAGGUAACACGAGUUUUUUUAAAGAUGAUGCUUUCAUAGAAUUAGAAUUGCUUCGUUUUUGUACACUAGUUGUUGGGAAUCUCCUAUAGUUUAUUGAUGAAGAGAGAUUUGUUUAUUUUUUUGAAAAUUGUUCAUAGUUAGCCCCCCCAUCUAAGAAUUCGGUAUAGUUAUGACCAAAAAUUUAAUGUAUAUACAUUUAUUAUUUAAAUAUAGUUAAGACGUAGAUGUCUAAAUAGGUUUACAUUAUGUAGCUAUUACACCUUCUAGUAUAUC